AUGGCUCCCUCGAUAGACAGGCAGGGAUACUGGGGGCGGCCGACUUCCACGCUGGACUGGUGCGAGGAGAACUAUGUCGUCUCCUUCUACAUCGCCGAGUUCUGGAACACUGUCAGUAACCUGAUUAUGAUCCUUCCUCCCAUUUAUGGUGCCAUCCAGACGUUUCAGGAUGGCCUUGAGUUCCGCUACAUCUGUUCUUUCCUGGGACUUGCAGCUGUCGGCGUUGGUUCCUGGUGCUUCCACAUGACGUUGCUGUAUGAGAUGCAGUUACUGGACGAGCUGCCAAUGAUUUACAGCACAUGCGUCUUCGUCUACUGUCUGUACGAGUGCUUCAAGCAAGAGAACGCCAUCAGUUUAUUUUCUAUACUCUUAUUGUUCAUCUUCAGUGCCUCCGUCAGUGUGGUGUACCUGCAGUGGAAGGAGCCAGUCUUUCAUCAGGUCAUGUACGGCGCUCUCGUGGCUUGCCUCGUCAUCCGAUCUGUCUUCAUAGUUACAUGGGUGUACCCCUGGCUAAGGCCCCUGUGUUAUACCUCCUUAUGUGUUUUCAUGUUAGGGUUCCUACUCUGGAAUAUCGACAAUCUCCUCUGUGACUCUUUAAGAGCCAGUAGACAAACACUGCCCCCAGGUGUCGGGAUAGUAACACAGUUCCACGCUUGGUGGCACAUCCUGACAGGCCUGGGAUCCUACCUGCACAUACUUCUCAGCCUCCAGAUCAGAUCAAGCUACCUCAAGCACAGACCAAAAGUGAAGUUUUUAUGUGGCGUGUGGCCAACACUGCACAUCGAGCCUCAGAAGACAAGCUGAAGUGAUGGGGACCAUUCAAGGGUGGUGACUGUCAUAUCCAGGCAUCAUCAGCAAAGGGACCUGCCAAUGUCCUUCUCCCUCUGCUAGGUACUGAGCUCACAUCCGGAGGGCAGGUGUGCCCCAAGGCACCGCCUCGAGAAACCCUUGGUUCUGUUUCGUGGGGAUUUGCUUUAUGCAGUAUGGCACUGAGAAGUGUCAUGAAAUGGGAACUUAUUCCAAUGAUCAUACCUGAUUUGAUUAGUUUUUUUUUUUUUGUAACGUUAUUGAAUUACUGUAAUUUCAUUUGCUCAUCAUUUGUUCGAUGCAAAUA